AUGAAAGGCCGUUAGUUGAAACCUCUAGGACAGUAAAUAUUGAACAAAGAUCUUAAUGACAUUAAUCCACCUAAGAAACAUAGAGUAUCAUCAAGUGUUGCUGAGCACAGAGUUCGCUUUAAGAAAGAAUACACUAUGGAGUAGCUAGCUACUGAAACAAUAAGAUAAGAUGAACUCGAUAUGACUGUAAAUAAUAUAUACUAAAGGAAUGAAGAAAAAUUGAAUUAAAAAAAGUCUAUACUUAAGCAGACGAUUCAACAGAAAGAGUUUUCAAUCCUAAAUGAGGGUAGUCCUGCUGGCAGAUUAGGGAAACUUUCUAGACGAUAUAGAAAAGCCUCAGAUGAAAUCAAAGAGGAUGAUAGCAAUGGAAUCACUUCAACUUUAAAUAUAAAUGCACAUAAUCUCAAUUACUUUGAAGAUGAUAAUCUUGAAUUACCCCAUAUUGGAGGAAAUUAAGGAAAUUAGGCUGUAGAUAAUGAUGAAAAAAAGAAGGAGAUAGCGAAGUAAAUGUUUAGAAAUAAAAAAGAGAAUAGCAUACCCAUUGAGGGAAUGAAUUUGAAGGUCGAUCCAAAUUGGCUUAAAAGAGAACUGGAUAUAUUUUAGCAGCAAAAUCUCAAUUAAUCUUAUGAUUUCAGUGAUGACGAGUAUUUCGAAAUGGGACAGAAAAUGGAUUUGGAUCCCAAACUUUUGCUUAGAUUUCCAGGCUAACUAAUUGUUCGAUCAACUUAUGAUGUAGGGGAUAUUAACAAAACUAAUGAGGCAAAUUCUAAGAGUAGCCUAUUCGAUGUGACUUAGGGUGAUGAUGAAAAAAUGAAAUUUACUGAUUAGGCAAAUUAUGAAUAUGUCUUAAAGCAGCGUCAAAAAAGUGGUGAUCCAAGAGAAAUUAGUGCUAAAAAGGAUAUCGACCGUCUUUAAAGCAAACUGAAUGCCUAUGCCUAGUAAAUCGAGCAUGAUGUAGACAAUAACUUUAAAACCACAACUGAAAAAAUCAAUUACUUAAAGAAUCUAUCCAAGACUCCCCUGCAGAGAUAUUUCAAUGAGAUUAAGGAUAAGAAAUACAUGCUGACUAAAGAAAUUCUCGAGUUUGAUAAGAAAUUUUUCUAGAACUAGCUUAACAAGAUAAUCAAGGCAUAUUAAGUAGAGAUCAGAACUUAGCAAUAUAAAGCAAAGGAAAAAGCAAUAGAAUACGUAGAGUAUAGCUUAACAAGAGGAAAGCAGUUACUUCAAAAUGAAAUGAAUAAGAUUCUGAGUUAAAUCUAUGGUUUUCAGUCUGAUCUAGUUAAAUUGAAUGAAAAAGCUGAUGAGUAUUUAAAACGAGUUUUAGAAUAGGAAACAAUAAUUGCAGAAUUGAGAGUAUUUGCCUAAAACGAUGAAGAUUAAUUGGAGAUGAUGCACUAAGAUAUAUAAGAAAGUGAUAAUACACUGUAAUAGUUAAAGCAAGACUUGCUGCAUCAGAAACUAAUGGGGAAAAAAUCUGAUGCUCUUAAAGAACUAAAAAGCGAUAAGCUUUUAAACAAAGCAUUUAAGUUAUAUGGCUCUCACCUUACUCUAACUCUAGAAGAAAAGCUUAAUCUGUUUGAAAGAGAACUAAUCUAAGUUUACAAACGAAAGUACAAAUCUCUUAAGGAUUAGAUUGGCUUUAUGGAGCAUGAGUAGGAGUCUACAAGAUAUUUUAUGCAGACGCUGAGGGAUAGAGAAAAAACUUUAGAGGAUGUUAUAAAGGAAUUGAAGUUUAAAAUAUCUAGUCUUGAAUCUAUGAGGUUCAAAGAGAACACAGAGCAUAUUAAGCAAUUAAAUGAAGUGGAGGAAAACUUUUAUAAAGAAAAAGAAGUUAUUAGCAGAGAGUACAUAAGCUAUUAAAAUAUGUCUGUAAUUGAAAUGGGCAUUCUAGAUAACACAAUCACAAUACUUAAGGAAGAUAAGGCAAAGUUAGAAGAUUAAGUGAGAGAUUUACAAUUCAGACUAAAGAUACCAAGACUUCACUAUAAAUUUCUAGAGGAAAAUGGUACACUAGAUGAGUUUGUCGCUGCUAAAAUGGAAGAUAAGGACACUUCAGAAAUCUUGUCUAGGACUAUAGAGGCGAAGAAGAAGACUGAGCGAGAAAAAUACUAGAAAAUGACUUUAAGCUCAAUAAAAACUGCCCCUCAGACAUAAUAUUCUGAAAAUGCGCUGAAGACUCAUAGUAAGUGGUCUACAGGAAGAGGGGUGGUCGAUAGAGAGUUCAAUGAUAGCAAAGCAUCAUCGAUAUAUAGAGAAAAAAUAGUAAAACAUGCCAAUAAAACUGGAGUUAACUUCUACACUAAGUAAAAUAGUCCUACACACAGAGAUCUAUUCCCAAAUCCUAGCUCAUAAGCUGAGAGAUCUAUUAUAAAUAUACUUAACUUUGCUAAAAGCAACACUCCACACCAAUAAUCUUACUUAUGA